AGAAAGAAAGAAAGAGAGAGAGAGAGAGAGAGAAAAGAAAUGGCCCAAUGAAAAGUCCUGGCUUAGGAGAGGCGCUGCUGCUGAGGCUUCUAGAGCCUCCCUCUGUUCUGGGGUGGCUCCACCUUGGCUGGGGAGUCUGGAAACAAACCCACAGGCGCCCAGGUCCAGCCUUCGCAGGCGCUGCUUCCAGGCGGGAAAGGGAGCCUCUCCGCCUCACCUGCCCAGCUCCCUUCGACUCUUUCCCCACCCCUCAGGGGAAACAUGGCCCCCAGCCCAAGAGACGCCGGGACCAGGGCUUUCCAGCCCCUUCUGCUGGGGCUUCUGGUUCUAACUGUACUUUGUGAGGCUUGUAAGAAAGUGACUUUUAAUGUGCCUGAGAAAAUAGAAGCAAUGACCUUAAUUGGCAGAGUAAAUCUCAUGCAGUGUCUAAGGACUGCUGACCUAAUCAGCCCAAGUGAUCCUGACUUCUUAGUUCUACAAGAUGGUUCUGUGUAUACAAGAAAUGCCGUUUCUUUAUCUUCUGCAAAGAAAACUUUUACUAUAUUGCUUCAGGAUUUGCAAGAUAAUCAACAAAAGAAAAUACAUGUCAAUUUGCUGUCUCACCCCAAACUGACACACAAAACAAAAGACACUGUUCUGAGGCGAAGUAAACGAAGAUGGGCUCCUGUUCCUACUACUAUCAUGGAAAACUCAUUGGGACCUUACCCAUUGCAAAUUCAACAGCUAUCUUCUGAUACAGCCCAAAAGUACAACAUCACCUAUUCUAUAAGUGGUCCUGGUGUUGACCAACCACCACUAAAUUACUUCUACAUUGAGGCAGAAACUGGAAAUCUCUUUGUUACGUGCCCAAUUGAUCGGGAAGAGUAUCCAGAAUUUCAGAUAGUCUGCUAUGCCAAGACACGAGAUGGCUAUACUCCAGAGAUACCACUUGUACAUAUAAUUCGAAUAGAGGAUGAUAAUGACAACCCCCCACUUUUUAUUCCAAAUACUGUCAUUUUUACUAUUCCAGAAAACAGUAGAGCUGGUACUGUAAUAGGAGAAAUGAUUGCAACAGACAGAGAUGAGCCAGAUACGCUGCACACUAAAAUAAAAUACAGAAUUGUGGGUCAAAAUCCUCUACCGGUACGAGGCACAAAUACAUUUAAUGUACAUCAGGAUUCAGGUGCAAUUACAUUGGCAUCUCCAAUGCUGGACAGAGAGCAUGUAGACAGCUUUGAAUUACUGAUUGAAGCAAGAGAUAUGGGAGGUCAGCGCUUUGGUUUGUGCAGUACUGGAACAGCUGUAAUUCAAGUUGAAGAUACAAAUGACCAUGCACCCAUGUGUGAACAUGGCAUGUAUGAAGCAUAUGUUCCUGAAAAUACAGUUGGUGUAAAAGUAAUGGAUAUUGGUAUCCUAGAUAAAGAUGCACAUGGAACACCAGCCUGGCGUGCUACCUUUGACAUUAUAAAGGGGAAUGAAGAUGGUGCUUUCAAAAUUGAAUUAGAUCCCAAUUCAAAUAUUGGUACUUUGUGCAUGGACAAGGGGCUGGACUAUGAAAAAACCAAAGAGAGAAGAUUGGAAAUUGUUGUAAAUAAUGAAGCACCUUAUGUGCUAGGACCAAAUGCAAGAGCAAUUUCUACGAGCACUUGUGUUGUUGUUGUUAAAGUCCGGGAUGUGGAUGAAGGACCUGUAUUUGACCCUUGUGUGUAUGUUUUAAACAUUAAAGAAUGUUUGGAAGGUGGAACAGUGGUUGGCCAGUACCUAGCAAGAGACCCAGAAACUGGAAAUAGUGAAGGCAUAAGGUAUGGAGUAAUAAAUGAUCCAUGUAAUUGGAUCACUAUGGACAACGCAGGUCAGAUCAGAACCACAAGACUCUUAGACAGAGAUGCACCAGAUAUGCAACUCUAUCAGUGUAAUGUAACGGUCUUUGCUACAGAUCGAAGUGGUAAAACAGGCACCGGAACAGUGGUGGUUAAUUUAUUAGAUGAAAAUGAUAAUUUUCCAGUGAUUGUAAGGAGAGAGUACAUAAUGUGUAGAGACCGAAAACCAAUUUGUCUUACUGCUGUGGAUGCUGAUAUACCUCCUCAUACUGUUCCUUUCCAUUUUGAACUUCCUGACCGGCUGGUCCCACGGUGGAGAUUAACACCUCAUGAUGAAAAAUCCGUGUACUUAGAACCAGUGGGCUCAAUCGAUUAUGGUGACUACACAGUUCCUGUCAGAGUAACUGACAAUGCAGGCCAUAGUGGUGUCACUGAAGUAAGAGUUCGAGUGUGUGACUGUACAACCCCUAGUGAUUGUUACCCAGUACGAGCACCUGGAACUGAAGUAAUUCGAGCACCUAAUGUUACACUUGGUAUUUGGGCCAUCCUCGCAAUGAUUUUGGGAUCAUUAUUAUUGUUGUUGAUCUUGAUCACACUUUGUGGCUGCUGUGGUGCUGCACCUGUGGGCGGUAGUAAACAUGUAUGUGAUGAUCUGGCAAAUCAGAAUUUAAUCAUAUCAAACACUGAAGCACCUGGAGAAGAAGUAAUGGAUAUACUUCCUGUGAAAACAGGAAACAUGGUUACAGCUGAUCAAGGGGUUGGCAUGGCUGUUGGUGGAGUAAAAACUGGAGGACAGGAAUCCUUUGAAAUGGUCAAGGGCGGAAGACACCAGACACUCGAAUCCGUUAAGGGUGGAGGCGGACAUCACACACUAGAAUCGAUCAAAGGAGUUGGACAUCAUACACUAGAGUCUGGAAGGGGCUAUGGGCAGGCCAUGAUGGAUGCAUAUAGAUACAAUUAUUCAGAAUGGCAGAAUUUCACACACCCUCGUCUAACUGAGAAAGUGUAUUUGUGUGGUCAGGAUGAAGAGCAUAAGCAUUCGGACGACUAUAUCCUUUCAUAUAACUAUGAAGGAAGAGGAUCUCCGGCUGGCUCUAUAGGCUGCUGCACUGAUCAGCAAGAAGAAGAGGUGCUUGACUUUUUAGAUCAACUGGAACCCAAGUUUAGAACAUUAGCAGAAACUUGUGUAAAGAGAUAAAAGUGCUGACAGUGCUGAAGAAUACCGUCACCUUUUCCAUCGGGUAGCUGUUGUAAAACUUGAAUACAGCAGAUUAUUUCUUCUUCUUUUUCUUCAUGGGAGUGGUUUAUCAACAUACAUUCUAACAUUGGAUUUUUCUCUGUCAACAUGUCUAUACCUAACUUCAGGACACUGUAUGCAGAAUGUCCUUUGUGCAUACUCAGAAUGUCCUUUGUGCAUACUUCGUGCAUUGAAAAGUCUGUUUUUAAAGCUAAAUAUAAAAUGAAUUUGUAGUAAAACUGCUUCAUACAAAGGAACAGAUUUUCAAGUUUUUCUCUCUCUGCAUCUACCUUUUCAAGAAAGCAAAAUAUAUUCUUUACCAUAUUAAAAACAAAGGGCCAAAUAAUUACUGGUUUUUUUUUUUUUUUACUUUGUAUGUCUGGGUGUUAGUAAGCUUAGUUUGAUUCAUUUGAAACUUUAGUUUUAUAGUAAGAGAUUCUAGGACACUAUUGCUGAAUGUUAAAAUAGUUAUUAAUUCUUACAUUCUUAUAAAAAACCCAACCACCCUUUUUUAUUGCAAUUCAAGUAAUGCAUUUAAACCAGUGCUAUCAAACUGGUGUGAGUGGUGCUGGUUUAUGAGCCAUCAGCUGCCAGUCUGGUGAGUUUCCAGGAAAGAAAGAAAUAUAUAGUAGUAGUAAUAUGACACAAAUAUGGGAAUUGUUCCUGGCAUAUGGUGAAGGGGAGUGUUAAAUGUUGGUCCCCAGUAUACGAUAUCUUAAGAAGCACUGAAUUAAAAAAAAAAAACAAGUGCUGAUCAGCAAUACAGGCAUGCCUUCUUCCUGGUUCUUCUUCUCUCUGUUUUCUUUCCUUCCAUUUUCAAUGCAUAUUCAGUGUUCAGUAGUUAGAAAGCUUUUUCAAGGUUUUUUUUUUGGGGGGGGGGGGGGGGGGGGGGUACUUCUGCAGACUGGAAUUUUUCCUAAAUCUCUUGAGAUCUCUGUCUUGCCCACAUUGUGCCACUGUGCCUAAAUUAGCAAUAGGCCAAAGACAAGAAAUUAACUUUGAAUAUGCAUGAUAUGAUUAGUAUGAAUUAUGUAAAUGUUCCUGAAUAAUAAUAAUAAUAAUAAUAAUAAUAAUAAUAAUAAUAAUAAUAAUAAUAAAUGAACAGGAGGAGGAAAAAGGAAGAAUGUCUUAAUUGAUAUUGUUAGAAUUUUCAAACUUUCUUCCCUCUUACUAAAUUUUUGUAUACCAGCUCUGGCAGCAUAAAAAAUAUGCUAGGUAGAAAGUAUAAUAUGACAGCUUUUGAAAACAGCAGUGAAGUCCAAAGUUUCAGCAUCAGAUUUUAAAUUAAAUUAGCAAUAGCACAAGUUGUAUGUUUAGAUGUGCUGGUUUCUUCUGUUUUACACUAUCUUCCUAUGCUGUCUUGAGAACAUGCUACUUAUAAGAGACAGAGUGCUAACAUAAGUUGAAUAAGGAGUGAGAUUUUUUUCCAGAAAUCACCGAGAAAAAGUACACAUGAUUUGAAGUAAAACAGCAAGCUUUAAAGGAAACAUUCAGCCCAAUUUAUAGAGUACAGUAGCUGUCAGGAAAUGGAUUUUGUCUUCCAUUAAAUCUGCUUUAACCAUGGUGGAAUUGGUUUGUGGAGUAGUCCAGUGUAACUUAGGGGCUGGACUGGAACUGCCCAUUCUCCCUCCACUCUGAAAAGAACCUGCUAAAAGCGGGAGGUUUUUGGUGUGUGGGGAGGACAUCAUCAGUGCGCCAUUGGUGCACUGUGAUGUGCUCACAACAUGAGUACGGCGCCAGGAGGUGUGGACAUGGUGCUGUGCUUACAUCAUGCAUGCACGUCACGUAUGGAUGGUGCCAUAUAAAGAUGGUGCCGUCCAAACAUAUUAGGGUUGCAGAGCGUGCGGUUGCUGUGCUCUGCAACCCCAAGUUUGGCGCGGACACAGUGCUUGUGGCCUCUCUGUACUGGGACUUAGCCUUUCUCUUUGCAUGUGUGCUUUUCAUUGCAUUUUAAAUACAACAUGGAUUUUUUUUUUCUGGAUCUGCAGAAUCCAGAGUAAAUUCUAAAAGUAUUGAAAAUUGGUUCAAAGCUUUAAAUGGCCAAUAAUAUUACUUCUAGAUUCAGUUUUUUAAAAAAAGAUUGCAUUUUUAAUGCACAGCCUUGGAAGGAUCCAAAGCUGAUGACCCUGGUAUAUCUGUGACAAGCAAGAUACAUGUGCAUGACACACACUCAUGAAUAUUAAAUUGACCCUAUUAUAGAUGUAAAAAUCAUGAUUAAGACCCAGUGAAAUGAUGAUGAAUUUUGCAUUCAUCAUUACUAUCUUUUGCACCAAAGAGGCUUGAAUAACACGAGCUUGAUGGAGCCUUUAUGCUUAAAUAGGUGAAAGAAAGGCAAAUCAAGAUGGAUGCACUAUGAUCCCUGGUGUGCAUUGAGUACUCUUGACAGUGUCCUGUGACACAUCUUCUCAAUCCAGUAGCUGGGAUUCUUAGUUCCUCUGGUACUUAGUUAAGUAUUUAUAUUGAGGGAAAGUUCAUACAGGAUUCUAGCCUUUUUUAAAAAAACUUAAUUUAUAUCAAGUCAAAGUCUAAAUUUUUGAUGGUAUAAUUUAUUGAAACAAAAAUAAAUCCAUUCUGACUGGGUGUGUGUGCAAAUUUAAAUUGACAAAAUGUUCCAUAAUCAUGAAGAAACUGAGUGCUCAGGUGGUAGGAGGAAAACAAUAGAAGCAAUAUAAAAGUAUAGAACAGAAUGAAAUCAAAUGUGAGUUCCAGGUCAGAUAAUGUUACAUAUUUUCUGCUUUUGUCAAUUUAGGCAAUAGUGAUCAAAUGGAGGUGCCAUAUAAUAGGGACAACAUUUGAUAUUCCAAAUUCAUAUCUCAGCUUGGUCACAUAUUUACUAAGUGUUCUUAGAUACAACAAUAUACAGUAUCUUCGCUUUCCUGCUGUAGUUUGGGAAUCAUUGCCCUUACAAGGUGCUGAGCACUAUAUAUAAAGUGUUGUGAGUACUUGCACAAAGUGCUGUAAAUAAAAGCAGAUUAUUUUUAGAUGCUUGUUUUUACUAGUUUGGACAGCAUUUUCCCCAUUUAAUUAUACGUUCCACCCAUUUGCUUGUUCUGCAUUGGAAUACAAAAUGUGCAACAAAGCUGACACAUAAUCAUUAGAACACAGCUAACCAUUCAUUUAACUGGUGCCUUUCCAAGCUGUAUUUAAUUUAUCAAGAAUUCCAUGGAGAAGAAAUCAUUAACAUCUUUUCCAGAGGUUUGUUUAUCAUGUAGUGGACCAUAGCUAUAUUCUUCUGCACUGUAUAGUUCAUGCAAGGCAAUAGUGUCACAUAACAGGCCUGGCUAGGACUGUGUACAUACAGUAUGUGUGAUCUAAAAUGUGCACAGACAUGCCCUUCAUUACCCCUGGGUUCUGUGGGAGACAAAUUGAUGCAGAAAGGACAUUUUGGAAACCACUGUACAAUCCCAUUAAAUUACAAAAUUUGCUGUCAUAAAAAGGUUGAAAAUAUAAAAUAAUGUAUGGUCAAAUCUAUAUGUAAAGUUUGAGCAUUUUGUAGUAAAUAUUUAUAAAAACUUUAUAAAGUAUGAUGUAAAAAUUUCCAAGUUUUAUGUUGUUUAUCUCACCAAAAACUGCUUGACUCAAAGUGAAACUGAUUUAUUAUAUCCAACUUUGUUCUUCUCAAGAGCUGUCUAAUUGUGUAAACAUAGUUUUAUUUCAUGUUUUAAAUACAUUUUGUACAAGAAAAAUAAUGUGGCUCUUUUAUUUCAAAAUAAAAGGAUGUACUACAGA